UCCAAUAUUAUCGAGCAAUGCAUUGUGGGACCUCAAAAUGGAUCCCUCGGCUGUCACGUCCUGUGUUAUGUAGCCGACCACGGUCACUUUACUUCCACUCGUGUGACACUAAACAAAAAAAAAUGGGGGUGUUGUGUUUGGCCAGAGGAGCGUUCACGUCCGCCGGUUGUCUCGGUGUUUACGCCAGAAAAUGCGCCGGUCGGUAUUUGUGCGUAACCACCGGUGCUCCAUCUCCAGCUGCGGUGAAGAGAUACAGCCAGGAGACGGGACACGGUGCACGGUUCGUCUGCUAUCCCCUGCCUCACAGGACCGUGAUAAAGAUCCAGGGACAGGACACAAGCCCGUUUCUUCAGGGGAUUAUUACCAACGACAUGGGGCUGCUGCUGGAGGAGCCUGAGCGCACAGCCAUGUACUCACACAUGCUGAAUGUACAGGGGAGGACACUGUAUGACAUCAUGCUGUACAGUCUGAAAGAAGCUGAUGCAGGACAAGGCGUUUUUCUGGAAUGCGACUUCACAACUAAAGACUCAAUCUUGAGACAUUUGAAGGUGUACAAAAUCCGCAGAAAGGUCAACAUAAACCCUUGUCCGGAGCUCUCUGUUUGGGCGGUGCUUCCCACACAGAGGAACGCAGGUCAAGAGGCCGGUAAACCGGAGCUCUCCUCCCCAGACAAAGCUCUGGUGUGGGAGACUGAUCCAAGAACUCAGGAAAUGGGCUGGAGAUUGGUGUUGGACAAUCAAGUGGACGCCUCGGAUAUCAUUGCUUCAUGUCAGAAAGGAGACACGGAGGAUUAUCACAGACAUCGCUAUGCAAUAGGACUUCCCGAGGGAGUGAAAGACCUCCCCCCUGGAGUGGCGCUACCACUAGAGUCAAAUCUCGUCUACAUGCAGGGUAUCAGCUUCAGCAAGGGCUGUUACAUUGGCCAGGAGCUCACAGCCAGGACUCAUCACACUGGAGUGGUUCGGAAGCGCCUGAUGCCAGUACGUUCGUCAGUUGCAGUCCAAGACCUCGAGGAGGGAGCUGCUCUGCAAACUCAGUCGGGCAAGCCAGCUGGGAAGCACCGAGCGGGGAUUGGAGAGCUGGGACUGAGCCUAAUCCGCAUUGCUCAUGCCAAAGAGGUGUUGACGCUCAAAGACGACAACACAGUGACACUUGAGGCCUCUGUGCCAGACUGGUGGCCUAAAGACGUGAAAAUCAACUGAAGAGGAUGUUUGAUAGAUCCCUAAAACGUGACAUACAUCACAUGUGACAGAGUCAUGGACAGAACCCUGAAGUACAGUAUGUUACACUGUCAUUGCUUUACAGCUGUGUGGCACCAAUCCAUAUUUGUUAGUAUUUUGGUUUGAAAACCUAUUUUUAGAGUGAUUCUCUUCUGAAAUUGUAAGUAACAGAUCCAUUUCAGCACUAUACAACAGGAUAUACCAACUGCGAUGUGGUAUUGAUGGUGGUGAAAUAAAUAUGCAAACACUCCAA